AUGGAUGCUGGAGGCGGCACGGUUGAUUUGAUUACCUUCACCAUCGAACAAACUUCCCCAGUGAUACGUCUCUGCGAGGCUGCGGCCGGCACGAGGUCAUAUUGUGGGAGUACACUCUUGAACAGACAUUUUGAAGACUUUCUCCGAUCGAGACUCGAAGCUGCCCCAGGAUGGGACAGUGACACCUUGGAGCAAGCCAUGUCACGAUUUGAAGCCUGGGCCAAGAGAAGAUUCACGGAUACGGAAACGUUUAAGUUGUAUUUCCCUGUUCCUGGGAUUGGUGAUGAUCAAGAUCUCAAUGUUCACCGAGGCUUCUUCAGUGUCACUGUGGAGGAAAUGCGUUGA